AUGAAUUCACCAGAAAAGGAUGCACCUCAAGAGGAGAAGGAACUCAAGGACAUUGCAUGGCUGUGCGGAUUGUUCGCAUUGUUUUCUGCCUUGCUGCUCAGGUACUUUACCAUGACCACAUCAAUGCUUUUUCCAUUAGCAGUCUUGGCUUUCCACCAGUUCUAUUGGCGAAGACGGAAUCUACCUCCUGGACCACUUCCUCUUCCACUGAUUGGAAACACCUUAUCGGUAGGUUUGAGAAGAGGGUCAACUGCCUUGAUUUUUUUGCCCAUAUUGUGCGGGCGUGUGUACUCGGCGCUCAUGCCCAAGUCCUAUGCAAUAGAAUCGCGCGAAGGUAAGGAUAAUUUCCGCCAAGUGAAGUUGAUUUUUGUCGACUUGUAG